AUGUUACGCUUAGUGAAGGGGAAAUAGUACCAGGAUCUCACAGGCCGCGAUGCCAGUGGCACCGCAGGAAUGUGUAGUCUUGUCCUUAUCCACGCUUGGGACCCUAUUGAUUCUUGGGGUGACAUCAUGGCAGAAGAAUGGGACGUCAAUUCUGCCAUUCACGAAAAGUUCCUCACUGGGGGUCUUAUCGCCUUUGGAAAACUCUGGCCGGGUGAUCUUCCAGCUGAUCUCUGUGCCAUCGGCUUUCUUGCGU